GUGCGUUGGGACAAAUAGAAGCACGUUGGGGCAUGCGACGCAACAAACCUCUAACCCAACCUGUAUUAGAUCCCCGAUAGUUUAGGGAAGUUUCAAUACCCAGAGGAAGAAUACGUUCCACGCGAAUUCUACGUUUUAGAUAAAAAGAAAAAUGGAAUCUAUCGAAAGUAACGACGACGAAGCAAAUAUUUCACAAGAGGACGAUAUCAAACAAACAGAGAAUGACGCACCAGUGCGUCUUAUACCCGGAUUUGAUACAUUCACCGAAUACCUUCAAGAAGCCCAUGAUACAUUAAAAGCUGGAAUUAAGGCAGCCAACAACCUGCCUGCUGGAGAAAACUACAACUAUUAUUCAUUCUUUCAAAGUUUCAAUGAUGCCAAAAACAUAGAUACAAAAAUGAUAUUGGCCACAAUACAGACCAUAAUGAAGAUAGCAGGUGGUACUCACAACAUUGAAUACCGAGAUAUCGAAGAGAGGUUUGACUUGUUAGUAGAAACAAAUGACUUGUUACUUGAUCAAGCGAAUGUAUGGAUGGAUGAGGAAAGUGGUAUUCUGCAGAAUCCAGAAGUGCAGUUAGUAGUGUCACAAAUACAAAAACCAACUGUGAAUGGCAGUUGGAACAUAAAGCAACCCUCCAGUGCCUCAAAUAAUUCUCAAAGCAUACGUCUGCUGGGUGGGAAGAAUGUGUCAAAGCCGCAGGUGAUGUUCAAGGACAAGAUCGACAAUAGUUUUAAACCCUGGAUGCCGCGGAUUAAGGAAAAACCAAACUCUCUGAAACCACUUGCUCUCUAUGUAGAAGAAGGAGAGAACGGUGAACACUUCAGUCAUCCCUAUGGGUUUGAACUGAAUAAAUUCGAAACGCCAGAGUGUCAGUUGAAGAAAACCACGCCAGUGAAGUAUAAGUCGCUAGAUGACACGCAGCUUAUAUUUAUCAGCACACUAUCUGAUUUGAGGAUCAUUUUGGAAGACUUGAGGAAUUACGACGAGAUAGCCGUCGACUUGGAGCAUCACUCUUACAGAUCGUUCCAGGGUAUAACUUGCUUGAUGCAGAUAUCGACAGUCGAUACAGACUACUUGAUCGACACUUUAGCUCUGCGGUCAGAAUUGCAUGUACUCAACGAGAUCUUCACAAAACCUACGAUCCUCAAGAUCUUCCACGGCGCCGACUCCGACAUCCAGUGGCUUCAAAGGGAUUUGUCAUUGUAUGUAGUGAACAUGUUCGACACUCAUCAGGCGGCGAAGCAGCUGCAGUUUCCUUACCUCAGUUUAGCCUUCCUGCUGAAGAAGUAUUGUGGUAUAGAUCCCAACAAGCAUUUUCAGCUGGCCGACUGGCGUAUACGACCGUUGCCGGAAGAACUGAUGAAGUACGCGAGAGAGGACACGCACUAUCUGCUUUAUAUAAAGAACGUGUUGAGAAACGAGCUGAUCGACUCGGCUAACGGACAAAACAACAUCCUGAGAGCCGUGUAUGACAUGUCCACGGAUAUCUGCAAGCGAACGUACGUGAAACCAAUCUGGACCGAAGAGAGUUGCAUGAACAUGUACAGAAAGAGCCAGAAGAUGUUCAACAACAAGCAACUGUUUGCGUUCAAAGAGUUGCACAGGUGGCGGGAUGUCAAUGCAAGAGAGGAGGACGAAAGUAUCAACUACGUGCUACCAAAUCAUAUGCUCCUCAACAUUGCGGAGACGCUGCCGCGCGAGAUGCAAGGUAUCUUGGCAUGUUGCAAUCCGAUACCACCGCUCGUGCGGAAGAACCUACUGUCGUUGCACAAGAUAAUGCUGAAAGCCCGAGAGCAGCCGCUCGUGAAGACUAUUCCAGAGGAAGACUUCCGGCAAAGACUGACGCAACGAACUCACAUAGUCAACUCUGAUGUAUGGAUACACUCGUCGCACGACGUACCGAAAGGCACGGAAGCGAGGGCGGACUUGCCGUGCCUUCUGGAUAAGAUCGACAAGGCGUGGCCUAUGUCGAACGCGAAUGUCGCGAUGAAGCAUAUUGUGACGGUUUUCGACUCAUCUGAGGAUGAAGAGGUGGAGAUCGUGAAGAAACUCAAAUUCGUAAGCCCCUUCCAGAGGUAUAAAUGCGUAAUACCGAUGAUAGUUGAGAUAGAAGCGCGGGAACGAGAGAAACAGCAGAAGGAAGAAGAGGAGAAGCGUCUAAUUGAAACAAUUACGGAUCUAAACGUAAAGCAAGUCGAGAUUGAUGAAAGUAAGGCCAGGGUACAUGAACAUUUCAAGCAGAUGUCUCAGUUGUCAAGUCAAGCAAUUGAGAGUAUACCUAAGAAAAAUAAAAAGAAGAAGAGGAAGAAAAACUCUGAGGUUAUCUUGGGUCAAAUGCAUGGUAAAAAAAGAAAGAAGGAAUCCAACAUCACGAAAGAGAGUGCAAACCAGAAAAGAAGCGACAAUAAUUUUAGUACACCUACGCCGUCUCUCAACACUAGAAUCGUGCACAUGCCUAAGAAAGUGAGGCAAGAAAUGCAAAGUGCAAUUGAAGAACAGAUAGUACAGAAAACUUUUGCGGAAGUUCAGAGUCACAAUAAUACCAAGGUGAUACCAAUAAGGUCCAAAAAAAAGAAAGAAAAGAAAGCAAAUGCGGCGCUAUUAAAAGAACAAGGUAUGCUACCAUCAGAGAAAUUCAAUUAUAAGGCAGUAGACUUUAGCAGCUUUCAAGGUGGUAGUACGCAGGAUAACGUUACACAGACACAGUUUCAGCAGCCAAAGCAAAAGAAGCAAAGACAUCGAGAUCGGAAGAAGCAAUUUAAGUUGAACAUAUGAUUUGUAAUACAAUAAUUUAGCCCUGUUGUCAUCUCCAUAAAGAAUUUAUUAUAUUUUAGCUGAUUUAUUACCAAUUGAAAUGAGUCAUUGACAAGAGAGUUGAUUGUUAUUUUUUUUUAAAUUUCUUAUAGAAACAGAGUUAAUAAAUAUUUAUAACUA